UGCGCGUGCGCGCGCGCGUGCGCGGGGCGGAGCCUGCGGCCUUUGGCGCGACUCUGGGUUCCUCAAUUCUCUGUGUUACUCUGAAGGUUCGCUGAGUCGGGGAGCCGCUUGCCUGAGUCAUGGACUUUGAAAAUCUUUUCUCAAACCCCCCUAAUCCGGCCCUCGGCAAAAAACCGGCGGCGGACUCUGAGGAAAGAAUCACUGAUGAAGUAGAUGGUACUGAAGUUGAAGAAACACAGAGAAAGAAAAUAAAAUGGAAAGUUAAGCGGGCCUGUGAGCAAACUCCCAAAAAAUUUAAGCACUUUGGAAACUCUUCAACAUUGCCAAACAGUUUGCCACGUCGAAAAUCAAGAAGUAAGGACUAUGAUCCAUACAGUGAUAGUGAAAUCUGCAGUCCGGAGCCUGAAGAUAAUUUUGCCAAAGAGCUUCAGCAGUACAUACAAGCUAAAGAAGCGGCAAGCACUGCUCAGCCCUCACCAUUGCCUAAAGAAUCUGUGCAGAAGGAGGGGGCAGAAGGCGCACAGCAGGCUGUCAAACUGAAAAAUAAAAAAUCUAAAACUGGUCACAAGAAUGUUAAACAGAAGAAAAUGAAGCGAAAGUGGAUGGGUACUGGAAGCAAAGGGUCAGGUGCCUUAUUGAGGAACGGUGGCCCACGAGAGAAGGAUGGUGAACCUGAAGAGAAGCAGCCUCGGGUGAGAAUGAGCCAGGGCUUCAUCAAUCAGCACACAGUGGAGCGCAAGGGAAAGCAAGUUUGCAAAUACUUUCUUGAAAGAAAAUGCAUUAAGGGAGAUCAGUGUAAGUUUGAUCAUGAUGCAGAGAUAGAGAAGAAAAAGGAGCUGUGUAAGUAUUAUGUGCAAGGCUACUGUACCAAAGGAGAAAACUGCCUGUAUUUACAUAAUGAAUACCCCUGUAAGUUUUACCACACAGGAACAAAAUGUUAUCAGGGAGAUAAUUGUAACUUUUCUCAUGCUCCACUGACGGCUGAAACACAAGAGUUGUUGGCUAAGGUCUUGGAUACUGAAAAGAAGUCAUGUAAAUAGACUAAAAAGCUUGAAGAGGACGAAUCUAUUCCUGUUCAGGACUUGUCAAGAAUGGUGGUUUGGAAUAGUUUACAAGAUUCCUCAGUUGAAGCCCUCUCUUGUGUAUUCGUCACGUGUGGCUCCCUGUGGACGGAGCAGAGGGCCAGAAUUAGUGCUCAAGUGGAGGGCUGGGUCUUGAUAGGAAUCUCUUGUUCUUCAGACAGGACAUGAGCAUGUGUGGCAGAUAUGCUGGCUGGUGGGUGAAUGCUGCAGGACUAGAUUGCAGGAGUAUCUUCUGAGUACACCAGGAAGCAAGUGAGUUUGAGUGUGGAUGGGAGAAGUGUACAAGUUUGGGAAACUGCCAGAGGACAUUGGAUAAUACAAAAAUAGAGUCAGGUCUCUGCAUAUCAUUAAGUGCUGUCACCAUAUUUUUAAUGAUAGUUCACAGUUCCAUUUAAUGGCAUAGUAUAAAAUAGGAUUCUGUGAUUUUUAAAAGCCAAUUCCUGUUGUAUAUUUGUUUUUAGUUAUUAUAAAUAAAGUGGAGUAAUACUU